CGCGUGCGUCAUUGCGGCUCGGCCAAUCCGCGCGGGGCGGCGCAGGCGCGGAGGAGGCGCCGGGGCUGCGGCCGGGCCUGGGUGAGUUUGCGGGGUUUUGUGAAAAAGUUUGGGCUCCGCUCGAGUCUUCGCCCGGAUCCUGGAAAAACAAUUGAAAUGUCGCCUGUGAAACCAGCGCGAUCCUCUCCUGUUGUGCCCCCCGCGCCUCUGCUCCUGGAGUAAUUUUCUGUGCGGGUUUGGGACCCGGAGCGGGGUGAAAAUGCCGGAGAUCAAAGUCACCCCCUUGGGUGCGGGGCAGGACGUGGGCAGGAGCUGCAUCCUGGUGUCCAUCGCUGGCAAGAACGUGAUGCUGGACUGUGGCAUGCACAUGGGCUACAACGACGACAGGCGCUUCCCUGACUUCUCCUACAUCACCCAGAAUGGGAGGCUGACUGAUUUCCUGGACUGUGUCAUCAUCAGCCAUUUCCACCUGGACCACUGCGGGGCCCUGCCCUAUUUCAGUGAGAUGGUUGGCUAUGAUGGCCCCAUCUACAUGACCCACCCCACCAAGGCCAUCUGCCCCAUCCUGCUGGAGGACUACAGGAAGAUCACCGUGGACAAGAAGGGGGAAACCAACUUCUUCACCUCGCAGAUGAUCAAAGACUGCAUGAAGAAGGUGGUGGCUGUGCACCUGCACCAGACCGUGCAGGUGGAUGAGGAGCUGGAGAUCAAGGCUUACUACGCCGGCCACGUGCUGGGAGCUGCCAUGUUCCAGAUCAAGGUUGGCUGUGAGUCCGUGCUCUACACUGGUGAUUAUAACAUGACACCAGACAGGCACUUGGGGGCUGCCUGGGUGGACAAGUGCCGCCCUGACCUGCUGAUCACAGAAUCCACCUACGCCACCACCAUCCGCGACUCCAAGCGCUGCCGCGAGAGGGAUUUCCUCAAGAAGGUGCACGAGACCGUGGAGAGGGGAGGGAAGGUGCUGAUCCCGGUGUUCGCCCUGGGCCGGGCGCAGGAGCUCUGCAUCCUGCUGGAAACCUUCUGGGAAAGGAUGAACCUGAAGGCUCCAAUUUACUUCUCCACGGGCCUGACAGAGAAAGCCAACCACUACUACAAGCUCUUCAUCACCUGGACCAACCAGAAGAUCCGGAAAACCUUCGUGCAGAGGAACAUGUUUGAGUUCAAGCACAUCAAGGCCUUCGACAGGGCCUUCGCAGACAACCCGGGGCCCAUGGUGGUGUUUGCAACCCCUGGGAUGCUCCAUGCAGGACAAUCCCUCCAGAUCUUCAGGAAAUGGGCAGGGAAUGAGAAGAACAUGGUGAUCAUGCCUGGCUACUGUGUCCAGGGAACUGUGGGCCACAAGAUCCUCAGUGGGCAGAGGAAGCUGGAGAUGGAAGGGAGACAAAUUCUGGAGGUGAAGAUGCAGGUGGAGUACAUGUCCUUCAGUGCCCACGCCGAUGCCAAGGGCAUCAUGCAGCUGAUCCGCCAGGCUGAGCCCAGGAACGUGCUGCUGGUGCACGGGGAGGCCAAGAAAAUGGAGUUCCUGAAGCAGAAAAUCGAGCAGGAGUUCCAUGUCAGCUGCUUCAUGCCAGCCAAUGGAGAGACCACCACCAUCCUGACCAACCCCUGCAUCCCUGUGGACAUCUCCCUGGGCCUGCUCAAGAGGGAGGCAGCCAUAGGCGCUGCCCCCGAUGCCAAGAGGCCGCGGCUGAUGCACGGCACGCUGCUCAUGAAGGACAACGGUGCUCAAGGACUACUCGGUGCAGCACCUCCCCGACGGCUCCAUCACGGUGGAGUCCAUCCUGAUCCAGGCCACGGCUCACUCCGAGGACCAGGGCACCAAAGUCCUGCUGGUCUCCUGGACCUACCAGGUGGGAAUUCCUCAUUUCUGCCCCAGCUCCUCCUCCCCACCUCCCUCCUGUGCCUUUGGAAGGUGAGGGCAGUCCCUGCUCUUCUCUGAGCUUUUGGGGUCCAGCAGAAAUGGUUCCACAGCUCUGUAAAGCAGAGAACUUCUGGGGUAAUUCCACUUAAUUCCAUUUAAUUCAGCUCUGAAUUAAAUAUUUCACUGUGUGUUUCUAGCUUGGAAAAUGUUAAACAAGGGCAGAACUAUUUCUGAUCUUAACAUUCUUUAUUUGAGUCAUCCCAGCACCUUCCCUUUCUGUGGCUGGAUUAUCAAACCUUCUAGAUUAUUAAACUUGCUGGGUUAUUAAAUUUGCUGGAUUAUUAAACCUGGAUUAUUAAACUUUCUGGGUUAUUAAAUUUGCUGGGUUAUUAAAAUUGCUGGAUUAUUAAACCUGGAUUAUUAAUCUGUCUGGGUUAUUAAACCUUCUAGAUUAUUACAUUUGCUGGAUUAUUAAGCCUGGAUUAUUAAACUUUCUGGGUUAUUAAACUUGCUGGGUUAUUAAAUUUUCUGGAUUAUUAAACCUAGAUUAUUAAACUUUCUGGGUUAUUAAACCUUCUAGAUUAUUAAAUUGGCUGGAUUAUUAAAUUUUCUGGGUUAUUAAACUUGCUGGAUUAUUAAAUUUUCUGGAUUAUUAAAUUUGAUGGAUUAUUAAUCUUUCUGGGUUAUUAUACUUGCUAGAUUAUUAAAAUUGCUGGAUUAUUAAACCUGGAUUAUUAAUCUUUCCAGGUUAUUAAACCUUCUAGAUUAUUAAACUUUUUGGGUUAUUAAACUUCCUUGGCAGCAAGGAAAUCCUUGGGAAGGCAGAGCACUAAAAUCAGUUUAUUCCUUGUUUCAAGCACAAAUGGAGCUUUUCCCAAAGGAAGCCCCUCAGGCCCCUGCAGAAACGGGAAUUCCACAGCAGGAAUUGGUCAGAAAUGAAAUUUUGGGUUGUUCCAGUCUCAAACACAGCUGACAGGAGAUCCUGCAGGCCCAGGAAUUCCCUCCCUUCUUCCCAACACUGAAUUUCCUGCCCCGGGUGGGACAAAAAAGGAAGAUUUUGCUCUGACCCUGGUUGUGGUUUUGUAUUUGAUUUUGGUUUUGUAUUUAAUUUUGGUUUUGUUUUUUAUUUUGGUUUUGUUUUUGUAUUUAAUUUUGGUUUUGUUUUUGGUUUUGAUUUUGUAUUUGAUUUUGGUUUUGUUUUUGAUUUUGGUUUUGUAUUUGAUUUUGGUUUUGUAUUUGAUUUUGGUUUUGUAUUUGAUUUUGGUUUUGUAUUUGAUUUUGGUUUUGUAUUUAAUUUUGGUUUUGUUUUUGAUUUUGUUUUUGUAUUUGAUCUUGGUUUUGUUUUUGUAUUUUAUUUUGGUUUUGUAUUUGAUUUUGGUUUUGGUUUUGGUUUUGUUUUUGUAUUUGAUUUUGGUUUUGUUUUUGUAUUUAAUUUUGGUUUUGUAUUUAAUUUUGAUUUUGAUCUUGGUUUUGUUUUUGUAUUUGAUUUUGGUUUUGUCCCUGUGCCUGCCAGGAUGAAGAGCUGGGCAGUUACCUCACAUCCCUGCUGAAGAAGGGGCUGCCCCAGAGCCCCCCCUGAGAGCAGAGAUUGGGUUUGAUUUUCAUUCUUAUUUUAUUUUAUUUACACUCCCUGUGCUUUUUCCUGUUGGUUUGAAUAAAGAAUUCCAGUGUUUGUCCAAUUCCUGCACUGGGAUUUUGGAA